AUGGAAUCGAAUACCUCAGAUAUAACUACACAAAGAAUUGAUAAAGUUGAGUUUGAUGACCAGUUUCGAUUCGAGGUGGAAUUAGAAUUCGUACAAUGCUUGUCAAAUGUAUACUAUUUAAAAUAUCUGAAAAACCGUGGAUAUUUUGAAGAUGAAAGAUUUAGAGCAUAUUUGUUCUACUUGCAAUACUGGCGAACGCGGGAAUACAUCAAAUACAUCAAAUACCCUUAUUGUGUAAAAAUAUUGGAGUUACUGAUGGAUGACGACUUUGUGAAAACACUAUCAAACGAUUUAUCUAUAGAAUCCCUAAAAACCCAAAUGAUUAAUUUACCAAGGAUACCACAUUUCAAUAUCAUAAAAUGUAAACUAGAAAGGAAUUUAAAUGAGAAUGUAUUUACACAUUUGGUAAAUGAUGGAGUUUAUAUCAAAAAUGGAUUUUAUUAUCGAUUUGAUAGAUGUUUUCACUAUAUAGUGGACGAUGUAAAUUAUAGAUUAGACAGUAAAUACGUAAAAAGGAACCUGGACAACCUGGAUAAAAAUAUAAAAUGGCUGCGGUCGCUGAAUAGCCUGGAGUCGUAUAUUGGAGCUGAGAAUAACUCAGAUGAAAGUAGGGAGUUGCUCGUUAAGUUGGACAUUUUAAAAAACGUGGAUAAAAUAGAAGAUGAAUAUGACGGAGAAUCGUUGCUUAAAUACCUAGAAGAUAAGCGUUUGCUGGUGGAAAGUAUAUUGGACUACCUUCCAAAUACAACCAAGGAAUUUAGAAGAAAUCACAUAUUAAACAAUCCACUGAUUCAGUACAUAUAUAGGCUUAUAAGAAGGAACAUGGAUAAGUUGAGUAGUGACAUAAUGAUAAAAUAUUACAAAGUGUUAUUAGAAAUCGAUGUAGAUGAUAUAAAUGAUUUGUUGGCUGAAAUGUAUUUGGGAAUAUGGAAGAGAUUGGAAGAAGAUAGUAUGGAUGAAGACGAUAGAAUGGAAGUAAAAAUAGAACUAUUGAGUAGAAUAAUAAAUAAAGUGGAUACGAGUAGAAUGGAAGUAAAAUUAGAGGAUGUGCUGAUUAGUAGUUUAUGCAGUAAUGUAGUAUUUUACAAGAAAAUAAAAGAACUGACAAAGAUAGUGUAUUACACACACAUGAAACAGGGUAAUAAUCGUAUAAGUGGCAGUAGCAUAGACAGCAGUGAUAACAGUGAUUGUAUAUUCAAUAACCACUCUGACAAUUAUUUGGAAAAUUAUGUGUUGAAAUUGAGCAACUAUGUGUACUUGUUAGACACCACGAGCAUAAUAAACUCACUGUACCUACUAUAUAAGCUGAAGUACGUGGACACGGAGAUAUUUAAUAAGUUCACAGAAGCAAUCAUGUAUAGGUUUGAAACGUUAAACUACGAGGAGAUGGAAGUGCUGGUGUCAAUAAUGUCAAGAUAUAAGCACCUGCACGUGGUGAGCGGAGUGGAUCUGGGAGAAAGCAUAUACAGCGAGGGAGGAAAGAUGCUGCUAAGCAUGAUGAGAAGAUACUUUGAAGACAAGCUGGUAAAUCUGAGGCUAACGAGGAUGCUUGAUCCACUGACGUCACUGACAAUGCUAGGAACGAGUAGUACUUAUCUGAAGUCGCUGGUGCUGAAGAAGCUGAGCCCAGAUAUGAUGAAUGGAUUGAACAGGGUAGAAUUUGGUAAAUUGUUGAUACUAUUAAGUAACUUGAGAGUGAAUAAGGCAAACGAGCAAGUAUCAGGGCUAAUACAAGACUAUUUGUUUAAAAGUGGAAAUUUACAAGUAUCUGCGUCAACUAACAUUAAUGGUAACACCAUUACGGAUGUUGACACCUCAGAUGAUAUUAGCAGGAGAGUGCUUGAUUCAGAUGAGCAAAACAUGUUAAAGUUACUUGGCAACUUUAUACCAAAAAGGAAAUAUCAGAAGUACCUUAAUAACUAUAUAAGAGAGCAUAUGGAAACAAAUGGACACACUGAUUCAAAAACCAUACUGUUCUUUGUGAAAAGGUACUUGGAUAACAAACUGUACAAGUACGAUGAUAAAAUGAUGGCCAGUUUGUUGUCAAAGUUGAUGUUGCCGAGCACAGAAACUGCUGAGAACACCAAUACAUUCGAUAGUAUGGGUAGUACGCGUGCCGCUAACACUGGUAGUGCCAAUUCGACUGUCUACACUGAGAACAAUUUAGUUGAUAUUAGGAAUCAGACAAACGAGAUUAGCAAAGUAAGGGGGCAUAUCGAUGAUGUUGAGAAAAUGGGAAUGAGUAGUUUAAUAGUAGUGUUAGAUGGGAUUAAUAAUAGCCGCCUAAGCAUGGAGAAGGUGCAGCACAUUACGGAUGUUGUAUAUGGAAGAAUUUAUAAUACACUGAAAAGAACAAGUAGAUGGAAUAUUAGGCACAUACAACAAGUGCUGAGCUUCAUGAUAGAAACGAGAAUAGUUAACGUGCAGCUGCUGGAUUACAUAAUGGAGUACAUAUAUGACCACUUCAUAGUGUCAAUACAGAAUGAAUCAGAAAUGGAAACGGAGAUUAGUAGGAUGACAGCCACUAAAAUCAACGUAUAUCUACUGUAUUUAAGAGCAGCACUAUUUUUAAAAAAGAGUCUACCGGAAGUGGACGCGCAUAACAUAUAUAACGGCAUAGUAUACCACAUUAACCAGAAUACAGAACAGUUUAUGGCAAACGAGGAAGUGAUAGAAAACUUUAAGGAACUGCUAACGUAUGAGAGAUAUAAUAACACGAAGCUGUAUGAGCAUAUAAUGAGUAAACUAGGUGGAGAACACGUGGAUGUGUGUAGUAGCUACAAUGUGAUGAAGAAUAACACAGGGAAGGCAAAAGCGAUUCUAUCUAAGCAGCUAAGCAACGAUUACACCAGUUCUCAUCAAGUUGGAGACUUGACACUUGAUUUCUACUCGCCAAUAUUGAAAGAAGGAGUACACAUAUUAAAAAGGAAACAUUAUUACAGAAUGGAAGGAGGAGAUGCCGUACAUUUGAAGAACAAAGCGCAGUUGAUGCUGAACAUAUCACAAAAACUUAAAAUUAAGUUAAGAUUAAUACCAGAGCACAAAUUAGUUGAAAACAACGAAGAAGUGUAA